UUCGCGUUGGAUGAAGAUAUCGCGACUCUGCUUGAAGCACCCAGUCCAUCACCAAGCUCGCCAAAGACAGCAGACAUGUCGCUCUUUGCAAAUACUGGUAGCACCAAUAAGCCUGCUGGUACUAGCAUGUUCGGCGGUCUAGGAUCUACCCCCGCGACGAAUCAAUCGACUACACCGUCCCCAUUCGGUAGCGCGCAAGCAGCUGGCAACACUGGAGGUCUUUCUGGAAGUUCUUUCGCUGUCCCGCCAGCAGGAGCACCCAAGCCCAAGCUCUCCCUCUUUGGAAACACAUCGGCCACAGGCGCUGCCAGCAAUGGGGCCCAACAGCCCGCGAGCACUGGAGGUGGUCUCUUCGGCGGAACUUCUAAUGCAACCGCGCAAGCCUCAAACACUGGCAGCAGUCUCUUCGGAGGAGCCUCAAAUACUACGCAACAACCCACUACCACCAGCGGAACUCUCUUUGGAGGAGCAGGCUUGACCUCAGCCUCAUCUGGAGGUGGUCUGUUUGGAAACAACAAUGUUCAGCCUUCGUCCACUGCUCAGCAAUCGACCUUUGGCAGCAAUAACCAGGGCGCAAGCACCGCACCCACCGGGCAGCCAGAGCACAACGCCCGACCCGUCUACUUUGACAACCUGAUCGAGCGCAACAUCAAGAGACAGGGAGCCGAGGCCGGCGCCAGCUCACGCAUGGGCGCCUUUGGAGAGUUGCCUACACUGCAGUUGGGCUUGGGCGACAUCCAGAAGAAGGUGCGCGGUCUGGGACAACAGUACACACCGGACAGUAAGGCCCACUACCUGCUUGCCGCAUCUGGUGUCAACACAGGCGCCGCCCUACGCGAUCUCAACCUCUUCACCAACAGCUCUGCCGCAAAGGCUCCCGCUCCCGCUCCCCUUCCCGCAAACGAUCCCCUGUAUGGCGACCUCGACACGUACGUCGAGAGCCUCUACCAGAAAGAGAAGAAGGACCUGUUCGAUGAAUUCAUGGAGGACUCCAAGCGCGAUUUCGACCGUUUCAUCGAGGACAACCUGCAAUGUAACUGGGAGCAGAAGCGCAAGGAUAUCUACGAGCACUUUGGCAUCACGAAAAAGACCGACAAGGAAGAGGCCAGCUUCGAGGGCACGACCACUGACGGUGCACGCGGCGCUUUUGGACGUUCCAGCCGCAGAGCUCCUUUCGGUGCUUCGGCCGGUGCUUCGAGAAUGGGAUCAAAGUCUGUGCUUGGAGCUACAGGUAGACAGACGGCUAGAGUCAGCCAGUUCACCGACGUGGCUGAGAAGACUCCUGCCGGCCUGCAGAACGUCACCGAGAACCGCAUGCUCAGAGACAAGCAGGACAAGUACUCCAACAAGGUCAAGGAGCUCAACAUCUCCCGCAUCGAGGGUCGCCUGUACCCUCUGCUGCACAACUUUGCCGAUAUCGAGUCUCAGCCUUCGGUCGAAGACACGACCAAGCUCAUCGAUGCUUACAAGGCUCUUGCUGACAUUGUUGGUGAGAGUCCCGACUACCAGACCUCGUCCGAUCCCCGUGCCAUCAAGGAGCGCCACUUCGCCCAGGACUACCUUGACGAAGCGCCUAAUUCACGCAAGAACUUUGACCUCCGCAAGCGAAUCAUCGACGGCUCAAGACGCUUCCUCGAGAAACAGUUCCUCGCUCAACUCGAAACAGCCAUUACCAAGAACGCAAAGGAAGCUGCUCUGGGAGGUGUCCCUUCUGUCAUCAACAAAGUUCGCGCCUACGUCCGUCUGCGUGCCGCUCGUAAGGAGCUCGGCCCUGAUACCAGCGAGCUGCAGACGAUCAACGACGACUAUCCUUGGGUCCUCAUCUUCUACCUCCUUCGCGCUGGUCUCGUCAACGAAGCUGCCGAUUAUGUUGUGGAGAACGAACGUGCAAUCAAGGCUUGCGAUCGCAACUUCCCUCUUUUCCUCGCCGCAUACGCUCGCAGCGUCGACCGUCGCCUUCCUCAAGAGCUCCAAACCAGAAUCAACAACACAUACUCUCAACGCGCACAGUUUGCUCCCGAGAACAGCGUCGACCCCUACCGCAUGGCUUGCUUCAAAAUCAUUGGUCGCUGCGAGCUCGGAAGACGUACUCUGGAUGGCAUCAACCAAAACAUGGAGGACUGGGUGUGGCUUCAAUUUGCUCUUGCUCGUGAGGUCAACCGUGUCGAAGAGACCGCUUCCGAGGUCUUUGGUCUCGAGGAUGUCAGAAACGUCAUCCACGAGGUUGGACAGAGACAUUUCGUUCAAGGUGCUGAAGGUGCUGCAGGAUAUGGAACUUACUUCUUCCUCCAAAUCCUGGCUGGUCAGUUUGAGAGUGCCAUCGCCUGGCUCUACCCCAACAACUACCUCAGCGCUGUGCACUUUGCAAUCGCGCUCAACUACUACGGUCUCUUACGCGUGAACGACUACAGCAACUCGGAAGACCUUCUGUCUUACACUACGAGUCAACGUCCUCAGAUCAGCUUCGCACAUCUCGUCGGUUACUACACCAAGGAUUUCCGUGCCCAGUCGCCCACCACUGCUGCCGACUACAUUGCUCUCAUCUGCCUCAAUGGCGAUCUUGGUGGUGAAAUUGGCCAGCGCCAGGUUGCGCUCUGCCAUGAUGGACUUCGCGAGCUUGUGCUUGAGACUCGCGAAUUCGCUCAACUGCUUGGCGACAUUCGCUCCGAUGGUCAGCGCAUUCCCGGUUCCAUCGAGCAACGCCUGAAAAUCAUCCGCAUUGCCGACGAGAAAGCAUUCUUGCGUUACAUCACUAUCAGUGCUGCGCAGAUUGCUGAUGACAACGGUCGCGUCACUGAUGCUGUUCUACUCUACCACCUCGCCGAAGAGUAUGAUAACGUCAUCACUAUCUGCAACAAGGCUUUGUCAGAAGCAAUCAGUGUCGAGUUGGGUGAUGCGCCCCUCCGUCUCACACCUCUCAAGCCUCGCGACCCCAACGCCAUGCAGACCUCUGCGUCUCUCAGUCUGACAGCUGUUGAAGACCCUUACACACUGACUCGUAACAUGCGCGCGUUGUACGAGAGCAACCAGCUCCAUGCAGCAAAGAUUAAGCAAGUCAACCGCGAGUCCUGUACACUUCUGCUCGGUAUGGCUGAAGCAAAGUCUCUCGUUGCUGAGGGUCGCUGGGCCCUCGCCCUCGACGCCCUUAACAGCCUGAACUGCCUUCCAAUCUCCGCAGGCGGCAACAUGAGUCUCAUUCGCGCCUCGGCCAACGCCUUCAGCAACCUGCCUCCUCCUGUCGCUCGCAACAUUGGUAACCUCCUCAUCUGGACUAUCACCUGCUGCGGUCAACAGCGUGAUUACCUCCGCUCCUCGCACUCUGGUUUCGAAGAGCGCGGUCGCGAGAAGGUGGCUGAUGACAUUCUGCAAGUGGCCAAGGACACCAUGGUUUUUGCUGGUUUGAUCCAAUACAAGCUGCAGCCCAGGGUCUUCGAGGUGCUUACCCGCGUCGGUGGUGAUGUUGGUGCCUACUAAGGCUUACCCGAUACGACAAUGGAUAUGUUGCAGCUCAAUUAGCAUAUGGAGUUUGGUGGCGUUUAACGAAAUUCUAACGUUUUCUUGUACAUCGAAGGAGGAGCGGAUUGAAAAUGAGGUUGCAAUGAAGAACAAAGGAGGAUUUCUUUCAAGGAGGCGGGUCGAAUACCCAACCCUCCGAUCGUGCGAGAUAC